CUCUUUGGGGUCAAGGUGAAUUGAAAAUGGCAUCACCGGUUAGGAGGCUGUGCUCAAGUUCAAAGCGCAUUUUUUCAGCAUCUGUACACUGUCAGAGUGCAGCUGCAGCUAGACGGUCAAUAUGCCUGACAUCAGUGAGAUACAAAGAAUAUUACUGGAAUGACAGAUCUGACCCAAAUGAAAAGACCUUUGAUAAGAUACUGAUAGCUAACCGUGGAGAAAUAGCAUGCAGGGUUAUCAGAACAUGUAAAAGACUUGGAAUCAGAACAGUAGCUGUCCAUAGUGAUGUAGACUCAUUAGCAGUCCAUACUAGGAUGGCAGACGAACAUAUUUGUAUUGGUCCAGCUCCAACUAGCAAAAGUUACCUGAACAUGGAGGAAAUUUUAAAAGCAGUCAAAGAUACUGGAGCACAAGCAGUACAUCCUGGAUAUGGUUUCCUGUCAGAAAAUACUAUCUUUGCAGCAAGAUUGGCUGAGAUUGGAGUGGAGUUUAUUGGUCCAAGCAGUGGCCCCAUCAAGGCUAUGGGUGAUAAAAUAGAGAGUAAAAGAAUAGCUACUAAAGCUGGAGUUAAUAUGAUCCCUGGACAUGAUGGUGUUGUAGAAGAUGUAGACAGUUGUAUCAAGUAUGCCAAUGAAAUAGGUUACCCUGUGAUGGUGAAAGCGUCAGCUGGUGGUGGUGGUAAAGGUAUGAGGAUAGCUUGGAAUGACAAAGAGUGCAGAGAUGCAUAUAGACUGUCAAAAAAUGAAGCUGCCUCCAGUUUUGGUGAUGAUAGAAUGUUGAUUGAAAAGUUUAUAGAUAAUCCUAGGCAUAUUGAAGUACAGGUGCUUUGUGACAGACAUGGCAAUGCUUUAUGGUUAAAUGAGAGAGAAUGUUCUAUACAAAGAAGAAAUCAAAAGGUUAUAGAAGAAGCUCCAAGCACAUUUGUUGACCCUGACAUGAGGAGAGCUAUGGGAGAACAGGCCACAACUUUAGCCAAAGCAGUAGGAUAUGAUUCUGCUGGUACUGUGGAAUUUUUAGUUGACUCAAAAAAGAACUUUUAUUUUUUGGAAAUGAACACGAGGUUACAAGUAGAACAUCCAAUCACAGAAAGUAUUACUGGUAUAGAUAUUGUAAACCAGAUGAUUAGAGUAUCUAGUGGAAACAAGUUAUUACAUACACAGUCAGACAUUCCAAUAGAUGGUUGGGCAUUUGAGUGUAGAGUCUACGCUGAGGAUCCAUACAAGAAUUUUGGUAUGCCAUCAAUAGGAAGAUUGUACAAGUAUAUAGAACCUAAUCACAUAAAUAGAGUGCGUUGUGAUAGUGGUAUACAGGAGGGUAGUGAGAUCAGUAUUUACUACGAUCCAAUGAUCUGUAAAUUAGUGACUUAUGGUGAUAACAGACAGGCAGCUUUGGAUACCAUGGUAACAGCUCUAGAUUCCUAUGUUAUUAGAGGUGUUACACAUAAUAUUCCAUUAUUACGUGAUAUUGUGACAGAGAAAAGCUUUGUAGCUGGUGAUAUCAGUACUAACUAUCUGCCAUCAGUGUAUCCAGAUGGUUUUCCAGGUAAAAUUCUGUCAGAGGAUGAAAACAAUGAGUUAUGUGCAAUGGCAGUUGCUAUAUACAUCAAAGAUCAGCUAGUAGCAAGAACCUUUACUAACCAAUCUAGAAUCCCAAUGGAUACAAAUACUCCAAAGGAAUGGCCUUUAGUUGUAAAUCAACCAGAUGGCAAGUCUGUGUUGGUGAAAGCAACCUUGACAGAUGGACAGAUUAAUAUGGACAUUGGAGGAAGAACAAUAUCAUUAUCAAGUGACAUUAAUUUUUCUACACCAUUGAUAGAAACAGACAUCAAUGGAAACCAUAGGAUCUUCCAGCUUUCACAAAGAAUUGGUGGAGGAAAGUAUAAUCUCAGAUUUUUUGGCACUGUGUUCCCUGUAUCAGUUAUGGAUGAGUUCACCAGUGAAAUGUUGGAGUACUUGCCUGAAAGGGCAGAGGCAGAUAGCUCAACCCAGAUUACCGCACCUAUGCCAGGAAUGUUGAAAUCAGUUUCAGCCAAAGUUGGAGAUCCGGUAUCUGAAGGUCAGGAGGUUUGUGUAUUGGAGGCCAUGAAAAUGCAGAACAGCCUAGUGGCAGCUAAAACUGGAAAGAUAAAGGCAGUUUAUUUUAAAGAAGGACAGACAGUUGAUGAAGGAGAUGUUAUUGUUGAAUUGGAGUGAAUUGUAGUCAGUUAUAUUUAUCAUGAUAUUCCCCUUGUGGAUGCAAGCAAUGAGGUCAUCGAGACAGGACUUAUUUUUUUAAAAUCAAAAGUGCUGUUGUGUGUGUGCUUAAGCUGUAUGCUGAAGUACAGAUUGGAGAACAAAAACAAUCUUAUAUUAGGUAUGCAGUUUUAAAGUUGGUGUAAUUUUUGUAUUUUUUAUUUAUAAAGUUUUGAGAAGGAAAAGUUUAGACUAAUGAAAUUAGAACAUUUAAGUGAUCUGUUUGUGUCAUAAAAAGUAGGAUCUAUUUUCUUGUUAGAAGGGUCUAAAUACAGCACGAACAACAUUUUCCAAAAGACCAAAAAAAUGAAAAAAGUAUAUUUUA